AUGAAGAAUCUAAUAACAAUCCAAAAUAGUCUAUUCAAAAAUGAUACAUUUAAAAAAUCACGAUAUUUAUAUAAGAAACCAAUUUCAUUAAACAUUCAUUCAAACUUAUUAAUUACUGGUGAGUAUAAAUCAUUUUUGUGUAAAGUUAUAGCUGGUCAUUAUAUUGCACAACCACCACUAUCAAGGAUUCACAAUAUUGAUAAUGUUGAAUUUUUGGAUUUCAAUAAGAAUAAUAUUGAGAAAGCAUUUCUCAGCGCAAGGUUUGAGAGUUUUUCACAGAAAAGUGAUUAUGAGACUGAUGUCAAUACAGUGUCAAGAUUUAUAACAGGUUCGGAUAAAGAUUUUACGGAACAUUUAAUUUCACUUUUCAAUUUAACUCAUUUAAAAAACAAGUGGAUUAAUAGUUUAUCAAACGGUCAAAUGAGAAGAGCUAAAAUUGCACAAAAAUUAGCUUUAAAACCUAAUGUAUUAAUAAUUGAUGAUGUAUUUUUAGGAUUAGAUCCAAAAAAUACUGAAAUAGUUAGUACUUCAUUAAAACAAGUUUCAGAAUUACAUACAAAGAUAAUUUUAGGAUUAAGAAAAGAAGACAACCUUCCAAAUUGGAUUCAGGAUAUUGUUUAUAUAGAUGAAAAUCAAUUAAUAGAAACAAGAGAUAGAAUUGUUACAAAACCUAAAUCAAAUGAAAUAAAAUUGGAAAAGAUUGAUAAUCAAGUUGAUUCACCUCAUGUAGAAUUUAUAAAUGCAACUGUUAAAUAUAAAGAUUUGGUUAUAUUUCAAAAUUUUAAUUGGAAAAUUGCAAAAGGUUCAAAUUGGAGAAUAUUAGGUGAUAAUGGUACUGGUAAAACUACCUUAUUAUCAAUGUUAACAGGAGAUCAUCCUCAAAGUUGGAAAUCAAACAUUAUAAUCAAUGGUAUAUUACGUAAAACAGGUAAUGGAAUAAGUAUAUUUGAUAUAAAUAAUAAAAUUGGAAUGUCAUCACCAGAAUUACAUUCAUUAGUUCCACGAAACAAAACAAUGAAAGAAAUUGUAUAUAAUGGAUUAGUAAAGAAUAUUGGGAAUUCAAAUUUUAUAUAUAAAGGAAUUGAAGGGGGUGAUUUAAGUUAUUUUGAUGAAAUAAAUCAAUUUGGAGAUGUUAAAUUUGAAGAUUUAUCAUUUUCAUUACAAAAAUUGACAUUAUUUCUAAGAGCUAUUGUUAAAUCUCCUGAAAUUUUAAUCCUUGAUGAAGCUUUUUCAUGUAUGGAUGAAUCAUUAUUAAAAAAAUGUCAUUUAUUCAUUGAUGAACAUUUAAAAGAUGUAACUAUAUUAUCAAUUGGACAUUUAAAUUGGGAAUUACCUAAAUAUGACUAUGUAAUGAAGUUCGUUGGUGAUGAAAAAAGAAAUUAUGAAACGUAUAAAGUUGUAUAG